CGAAACGUCGAUGGGACCGCUGGAAACCGACAUAAUGGCCGUCAGUCUCGUUGCCAAUAGUGGCGGAACACCACGUGUGAUGUGAACGGUGCCGACAAGCGGAGCAAACUGAACUGAAGUGUGUGGCGACCGAUUCGUACCCAAUUUCGAUAAUGGUUCUUUAACAGUUAAUUUCUGAAGGCUACACCAAUUCAUUCUGUACAAAAUGAGUUACACUAGACGGGACUAUUACGGUGAAAAAAAUGGAGUUACUGCCCAUCCAUCUCAAAGAGAAGACGACGAGAAGUCGCGUCUGCAGGAGCCUGUAAAGUUGCGUCCUUCGUGGGAGGAGAACAAUCUGCCCGAGGAGGAACUGAACUUUAAGAGUUUAACGAUGGACGAGGCGAGCCUGCAGCUGAACACGCCCCCAGACAGAUACAGUUUAGUGUACAUUACAUUUUUGAUACAUGGAAUCGGUGUGCUGAUGCCUUGGAAUAUGUUCAUCAAUGCCCAAGAUUAUUUCACCACACACAAACUGCAGGGUUACGAACAUUUGCCUAAUUUCAUGCAAUAUCUGACAUUCUGUUCUCAAGUUCCUAAUGUAAUUUUUAAUUACAUGAAUAUUUUCGUAAAAAUUGGGGGUAAUUUAACGACUAGGAUCGUUUGGAGUAUAUGUAUCGCACUGGUAGUGUUCAUUGUAACUGUGAUCUUAGCAAUGGUUGAUACAGAACACAUGAAACAUGAAUUCUUUUGGAUAACUAUGGUGUCUGUAAUAAUAUUAAACAUGGCAAAUGGAAUUUAUCAAAACACGAUUUAUGGUAUGGCCGCGAAGUUGCCACCGAAAUAUACGGGGUCAGUGGUAUUGGGUUCCAAUAUCAGUGGUGCUUUUACGGCUGUUGUGUCCAUUCUAUCGAAGAAGAUGGCCUCCGAUAAGCGUAUGGCUGCCAUCUACUAUUUUAUCACUGCCAUUUUUACAUUGCUCAUAUGUUUUGACACCUAUUUUGCCUUACCUCUAAAUAGAUAUUAUAGACACUUUGAAUUGAAAGAGAAGAAAGAUGCAGAAAGAAGAGUUGCGGAAAACAAAGGAAUUAAGGAGAAAAUUCCGUAUUUGAGAAUAUUGAAAAAUAGCUGGCCUCAGCUCUACAACGUAUUUUUUGUGUUCUUCGUAACUCUGGCUGUGUUCCCCUCGAUGCAUUCGAAUAUUAAAAGCCAAGAGGGUUUCUUUAUAACUGAUCUGUACACAGAUAUUCUGUGUUUCCUUACAUUCAACGUAACAGCCAUGUUGGGCAGUAUAUUACCUAGUUUAGUAACUGCGCCGGGACCGAAAUAUUUGUGGAUUCCGGUAACCCUUAGGGUCUUAUACAUACCUUUCUUCCUGUUCUCCAACUAUCAGGUGACGGAUGUGCACCGAACAUUGCCCGUGCUGUUCAACAACGAUUGGGUGUAUUGGUUCGUCGCAGUCACCUUCGGUCUUUCAAGCGGUUAUUUCAGCUCGAUCGGCAUGAUGUACGCCCCCGGGACCGUGGAACCGAGAUACGCCGCAACGGCGGGAAUGUUUGCGGCCGCCGCCCUCAUCACGGGCAUCUUCUCAGGAAUUUUGAUUUCGUUCCUGUGGCCUUGGUUCAUUGCCCAUGUGGGCAUCUAACAAAAAUGUCUAGUAUAUGACACUGACGCGGAAUUUGCUAUAAACUUCUGAUAAACAUCAGGUCAUAUACUUAACAAACCUCUUAUUUUGUUUGUUUCGUUACGACGUUUUGUUAUCGAAAGUUAUUUUACAUUGUUAGGUUAAUAAACGCAUUAUUUUAUAUGUAGAUAUAUACAAUUUUUAUACGUGAGUUGUUACUUCAGUUUUAAAAUUAUAUAGUGGAAAGUACAUUAUAAAA